AUGGCGGUGGGCAUGGAGGACUCUCCAGAGCACGGCAGCUCCUCCGCACCAGCCAGCACUAGCCAGCUAACCUGGGCAGGUGCCCGGGAGGCGUCUGCAGGCCGGCCGUGCCUCAUCUGGCCAGGCAGGCUCAGCGUCACCUCCGCCGUGCCCAGAAGACAGCCUGAUUUCCCGCUCCACCGUCAACCAUUUGACCGUGCGCUGCACAGCGUGCGAGAAGAUGACAAUGACGAGGAGCACGGAUUCGGCCCUUUUUCCUGCUGCCAGAGGAACGGGGCCAGGGAGAGGGCCUGGAGCAGAUCCUCGCAGUGGGGCAGUGGUCUCCGCAGCUGGUUCGUGGACACCAUGGACUAUGACCACUCAACAGGGAGGAGAAGGAUGAUAACUAGUCCUCCAAAUUGUGGCCAUGCUCCCAGGGAUGACGCAGCUCCAGGGCCCUCCAAUGUCAGCUUCCAGAACUCACAGGCUUGGCUGGAGCAGAAGAUGCAGGAGCUCAAGGAGACGGCGGCUCAGGUGUCUGCUGCCAGGGCGAAUAUACUGCAGGCAGUGCGAGAGGUCCUCAGAGACCAUGGUGUCCAAGAGGAGAAGAGAGAGGAAAUUCUGCAGCUGACUCAGGCGGCAAUUAAGAACGUGCUUGAAAACUACCUCCCGAUGCCUGACUGGGCUCUGGAAGCCAUAGGUGCCACCAUUGAGGAGGAGAGGACAUCCAAGAGUUACGGUGGGCAAGGCAAGAAGAGCUGGUGGCUUUCUCCAUUCGGCUUCUCUUCUGCAAACCCUCCAGAGACGAUCUUGCAGCCCCGUAUGGCCCCUGGCAACUGCUGGGCUUUCCAAGGAUCUCGGGGCCACGUGGUCAUCCGGCUGCCUGAGCAGAUCUGGCCAAGGGCUUUCACCAUCUGGCAUAUCUCCGAGGCAGUCUCUCCUUCCGGAGAAGUCAGCAGCGCCCCCAAAGAGUUUGCCGUCUCCGGCGUGGAUGAGGCAGGGGCAGAAACUCUCCUGGGGACAUUCACCUACGAGGUGCACAAGGAGGUGGCUCAGACGUUCCACGUGCAGAAGGAGCUUCCCAGGACCUUUCGCUACAUCAAAUUCGAGGUGCAGAGCAACUGGGGAAACCCAGAGUACACCUGUGUGUACCGUGUACAGGUUCACGGGAAGACGGCGAGCCACCACGACCACCCACAGGCCCAAGAUUUCCUUUGA